AGGAUAAGAUCUGGUUUGUCCAUUUGCUCUUCCAAUCAAGAUGCUACCCCACAACCCUCCAAGUUUAAGACUCCUAUUUUUACAUGAUCUUCGUCACUUCACUCAAUUCUCACAUUCUUUUUGAGUUGUGUCUUCAUGGGUUUCCCUUGUGGAAGCAUCAGCCUGCCGAACUCCAUCAGCCUCAUAAUACUGAAAAGCCUACUCCGCUAUGCGAAGCACGUCGCGAGUGUGAUACUCAAGAGACCGAGUUCCGAGGUAGUCUCGGCGGAUCAAGAGUUUGACGUGUACAGCACCGGAUUUCACGAGUUCUUGGCAUCCUGGCCCUCCCCUUCGUUAGUUCCAGCAACAGCAAGUGUUCUGGCGGGAGCACAGAAGAGGCUUCCGGUGGUUGAGUUUGGGGAUUUCAUGAGGAGAUGGAAUCUGCGCGCAGACGAGGGUGCCUCCCUUUGCGCGAUCUGCCUGCAGGAGAUUGAGAGGAGGCACGAGAUCAGAGAACCGACCAAGUGUCGUCACGCAUUUCACAAAGAGUGCCUGGACGGGUGGGUGGACGAGGGGCAUGUGACUUGCCCUCUGUGUAGGACUGCACUUUUCGAAGGCGAGGAAGAAAGAUCGAGUGUCGGAGAUCUGCGGACCACAGAGAGGACGAACGCAUACUUCUUUCACGAGUAUUAUUAGUCCUAAUGGAUCUGGCACACGGCCAUGAAUGCUGGAUGAAUCUAGAUCGCCUUUCGCCUGAGAGAAACAUCUUGGGAAUAGGCAAGUCCAUGUUCAAAUGAAAAACGCAGAAUGAAUAAAACUACAAAACAAGCUGUACAUAUACCAAAAAGCAAGUAAACAGAAGUGGCAAAAGGCAUGUUUAGGCAUGUACAAAUACCAACUAGCGAGUAAAGACCCAGUAAUUGAAUCAAGGACAUCAAUCACCCUUCUUUCCACUUGACAUCCAUCGAUUACUUAUGAUGCCAGGUGAGAAAGAGGGACUGUGAAAAGAUUUUUAUCCCUGGAGUUGUGGCAAUCGCAAGUGGAAGCUGUUGAGUUUGAGAGAGGGAUAGUACUAUGUUCACUCAUCUCUUUUGUUCUUGUUCUUUUUCUUCUUUUUCUGACAGCCCUCUUAUGGUUU